GGUGCACAGAGCAGGGUUUAGUUGGAUUCUGAAGCAGGGCGGAGAGGACGAGUCAGUCCCGGGAAUGAGCAAUUUUUUGGGCGUCGCGUCGUGUUGGAAAAUCCUGAGUUGUUCGUGUUUCGAACGCGCUGGCGAUUGUGGCUUGCAGGAGGUGUAACGAGGAGUAGAGGAGAGAGGCGGUGGGAAUUUGGGAGCGACGCGGUUAAAAGAUGAACAAUUAUGGACCGAAAUUGAGUAAUAACGAGAAGGAGUUUAUUCUUGCCGCGCUGCGUGCCGAGCAGCGAAUAGAUGGUCGUCGUCCUUUCGAUUCUCGUCGUUUGAGCAUCACUUUUUCAAAACAGGAUGGCGCCGUCGAAGUUCAGCAGGGCCAAACAAGAGUCAUGGCUGUAGUUACAGGAACAUUAGGUCCACCCUUUCCAGACCGCCCGACUGAGGGUUCGCUUGUCAUAUUUACGGAAUUCUCGCCUAUGGCAGACCCAUCGUUUGAACUAGGUCGCCCUGGAGAACUUUCGGUAGAAUUAGGACGAAUCAUCGACCGUGGGCUGAGAGAGAGUAGGGCGGUGGAUACCGAGUCUUUGUGUGUUUUGGCCGGUCGAGCAGCAUGGCAAAUUCGACUGGAUAUCCAUAUUUUGGACAAUGGAGGAAAUCUGGUGGAUGUAGCAAACAUUGCAGCACUGGCAGCUCUUUCUUCUUAUCGUAGGCCCGAUUGUAGCAUUGGAGGACACGACGGACAAGAAGUUAUUGUACAUCCUCCAGAGGUCCGAGAGCCCGUUUCUCUUAUCCUUCACCAUUUACCGAUCGCAGUCACGUUUGCCUUCUUCGCCGACGGGGAACUUGAGGCACUUGACCCAAGCGUGAAGGAAGAGGCUGUAAUGGGAGGCAGAUUGACUGUGACGGUGAACUCACAGGGUGAUGUCUGCGCCAUACAAAAGGGUGGUGGGGUUGGUGUUCGUAGCUCUGAAAUAAUCCGCUGUAUUCGAAUCGCCUUGUCAAAAGCAGUUGAAGUGACCAACCAACUGAAAAAAGCGGUCGAUGCGAAUGCAUUGGAACGAGCUAGAAGGAAGGUAAAGCGACACCCUGAUCAUAAGAAUGCCGAUUUUAGCAAAAACAGAACGGACGUCGUUUCUCGGGAUGUAGAAAUGAACGAAGUCGGUGUAGCUUCUGCGAACCAAGAUGAGAGAAGAGAGGCAGUGAUGGAAAUCUUGAGAACAGAAGACAUGGACGAGUCUACUAGUAGUGAAGAGGAGGACGAUGAUAUCCCAGACAAUUUAGGUGGCAAGAAGCAAGAGGCGGAGAUCGAAGCUAAAACACAAGUCGUAGCCGGCAAGGUCAGGGGCGUGAAAUCGGAGGGUAUUGGAAAGGACGCACCUUUCCAGGGUGGUCCUUCUUUGUGGGACGAUGGUGUUGUCAAUGGCUCGGGAACAGGUCACAAACAUCUUGAUGCGGAUGCAAUGAACGAGUUUGACCAAGUUUCGGAGGCAAUACAAAAGACAACCAUGAAAAAAGAGGCCUCUCCCGAUGGCGGUCCUAGCUCAUUAGCCAAUAUGGCCGCCGCUAGCGUUUACGCGCAGAUGUCCACAGUUCAACCUGUGAAAGAUGAACGUCCCCUAGGGCCUGUAUUUGCACAAGGUGACCUUAAACCGGUUCCCACCAGCUUACUGGACGCAGUAAAGAAGCAGAAGAAGAGGAAAAAAUAGCUAAUGUGAUGGUGAGAUUAGGCAAUGGUUUUAUUCCUUGAUGAGAAAUUGUAAGCGCAAGCAUUUUUUUGUACACGUAACAGCAUUUGUGUCUUG